AACGACUCCGUUGCGAACGUGUCUAAGACAGAAGCUGAGAUACUGGAAAGCCACGCGUUGUCCGUUAUUGUUUCCACAAGUUUGAAUAAAUGUCCUGAGGUACUGAGUGCUGUAUACCUUUAUAUUCGAGUGAUUCGUAAUUUGAUUCGUGAGUGAGUCCGUGUUCCAUCUCUACGGUAGUUUGCGUCGCGAGGCGUCGCGUUGAUAGAAGGCACGAAAACCAAUUAACAGAGACUUAGAGCAGUUGACUCUUUUUGGAGGAGCCCAUACACAAUGCAGACGGUGCACAAAACUGCACACAGCAGCAAAUGGCUGAUGCUGUUGCUCUCAAUGCUGCUCAAUGCCGCCUUUCAGCCGCGCUCGUUUGCCGUGAGUGCCACUGAUGAUGUUGCAAAUGUGUCGCCUUGUGAGAUGGAGUCCAUAAUAAAUCAAUUGAUGAACCCCAGUCCCGACUAUCAGCUACACUCCUCCGCCUUACGUAAUCAGCUGAAGAACUUGCUCCGUGAGCGCCAGCUGGCCGUGGGAGAGGAGCAACCCCUGGGUGAAUACUCGGACUAUAUGGAGGAGGACAAGCGUUCAGUUGCUGCCUUGGCUGCGCAAGGUCUUCUUAAUGCCCCGAAGAGAAGUCUGGCCACCUUGGCCAAGAACGGACAGCUACCCACGGCGGAGCCUGGCGAGGAUUAUGGUGACGCGGAUUCUGGUGAGCCGAGCGAGCAGAAGCGUUACAUUGGUACUUUGGCCAGGGCUGGUGGUUUAAUGACCUAUGGCAAGCGAAAUGUUGGAACCCUGGCUCGCGACUUUCAGCUCCCCAUGCCUAAUGGCAAACGCAACCUGGCUACCAUGGCGCGUCUUCAGAGUGCUCCAAGUACUCACCGGGAGCAGCCCAAGCGGAAUGUGGCUGCUGUCGCUCGCUACAACUCGCAGCAGCAUCACAAUCAACGCUCAGGAGCUGAGAAACGGAACUUGGGUGCUCUAAAGUCAUCGCCGGUGCAUGGUAUGCAACAAAAACGCGAGGACGAGGAGAUGCUUCUGCCCGGUGCUGCUGCCCCCGAAUAUACCGAUCCUAUGCAGAGUUAUUGGUGGUAUCCAAGUUAUGCUGGGUACGCUGAUCUCGAUUGGAACGAUUACCGUCGGGCCGAGAAACGUUUCCUAGACACUUCCAAGGAUCCCGAGUUGUUCGGCAUUGAGCAUGGCAAUGAUGCUGAACAGGAGCAGGACACGGAGCCAGGGAAUGAGCCGUUGACAUCGCCGCAGAAGCGACACAUUGGCGCCGUGUACCGCUCGGGCUUUCUGCCCAGCUACCGAUACCUUCGCAGUCCCACUGGAGUCGGGGGCGGGCGCUUUAGUCGAUCAGGACGUGACGCCAGGCAAUUUGUCGCGUACUACCCCCAACACGAGCGACUGCGUCAACCCAUCGCAGCCGUUUGUAAACGCUGUUUCCUACCCAACCAACCGACGAUGAAUUGGAGCGGUGCUGGCAUACGCGGUCGAUUGCCUAAACUAUAUGAGGAUACCGAGGGCGAGUCACCCAGCGCCUUCCCUGCCCACAUGCGAAGCAUCUCCAGCAACUCGCUGCCCACGGGAUCAGCGAGGAGCCCAAAGCGUCCACUUUCCCGCUCUGGUGCUCCUGUGUAUCCUCCCUUCCACUCUUGGGGUACUCCGCCGCGUAUUACAGCACUGCAUCGACGCGAAUUUCGACGCAACAUGGACAAUUAUGAAUACUAAAUAUCGACAAUAUACUCUAUAUACAAAUUAUGCUAUACAGACUACAAUAAUACUAUUAAUGGAACUUUAAACUCAUAAAAAAUUAAUGUAGCUCCCCCAAAAUGAAUUGACUUACUUGGCAAGCACACACAACUACAUACACCGACGUGUGGUUGUUAGUGCCCCAUUCAGUACGUUGUAUCUGUGUCGAUAUAUGAUGAAUAAUAUCUACAAAACUGAAGUAACUGAUAUCAGUGCAAAGCGAAAGAACGUUUAAUAUCAAUGCAAAUCAUAUCGCCAUAUAUGAUUUAUACACUUGAAGAUAAAUACUAAAUUAGUGCCAAUGUCGUACCUUAGCAGGAAGUGCUAGUGUCUCAAUCGAACUAAAACUUGGUGAACUCCACUCGAACGGAAAUAUACUGAUAACCCUUAGCAGUAUUCUUUUAGAAUUUCUCUCUCCACCGUCAGUAUUUUAUAUGUAUAUGACAAUAACGAUUCCCUUGUAAUCCAAUGCUAUAGUGUGCUAAGUGUGACUAAUACGAUUAUAUAUGUAUGUAUAUGUGACAACUGCUUAAAGACAAUAAAACUUCGGUGAAUAUCUUACAUACUUAUAUCAAUAUACCCGUUAAAUAAUAAACAUAUGUACUUCAGACAAUAAAUAAAGUAUUGACAAUAAAAUAUUGAUCUAUUUCAAAUAUUUUGAGUAUUUCAUUCAACUUAAAGAAUUUGAAUUAUUUGUUAAGGUCCUUGAAAUAAUAAAUAAACAUAUUCACUAUGCGUAAUUAUAAGUCUGAUGUUGUCAAUAUUUAACAUAAUGGUUUGCUUAUCAACUCAUAACAUUCACUUUGCAGAAGGUUAGAAAAACAGUAUUUACUAUCAUGUACUAUUUACUUCGCUUAUACUAUAGGUAUUUAAAAUACCCAAGGAAGCAGAGUUCGCUCUUGAAAAAAAAGAAAAGCUACAAGAACUCACUGUUGAAGUUCGAAUACUAUUAAAAUAUCAAAGUUACAUACACAAUAUGUAUACACACAUAUAUGAAAUAUUAAUCUAAUAAAAUU